AUGUCAUUUCCUCUCGUCAGGCAGUACGAAGAGGAACAUAAUGGUGGGCAGUUUUUCUUCUUAAUCUUCUUCUUCUUCCCCAUCCCAUUUUUAAAAGGUCCAGAUAGAACCACGACAACGUCUGCACCAAAACCGGUCAAUUGUAAUAGCCAGUCGUGUAAAUAUGGAGCUACAUGUGUCAACCUGUACACAGGCGUUCUCUGUGUAUGUCCCUAUGGCUACUAUUAUUCAGAAGGUUGCCAGUUAGGGCAAAUAUUCCCAGGACAAAUCAGUCUGGACAAGCAGUAUGACCCUGCAAUGGCAAAUGAACAAUCCAAAGAAUAUUUAGAAGUAUACACCAGUGUCACUAACUUCUUUUAUGAAACAUUGAAAGGUGAGGCAAGCUACAAGGAAACAAGCAUCACAAGCAUAAAUUUUGUCCAGUUGGCUGUCAAGUAUACCAUUAAAGUCUCCAAGAAGUAUUAG